AGGAUGAAGUCGACGGGGAUGAACACAUUCUUUCUAGAUGCCAUAACUGAUGCUUUUUUCAACGAUGUGCUCGAUACACAAGAAAAUUUUAAUAAUGUUGCAGCAGUGAUACUGUUUCUUACGUGGAUGAGCAAGGUAUUUGAACCAUUGUCGGCAACGCUGUCACGCUCCACCAAGGACAUCGGUGGCUUCGCUGUCAUGUUCGCCGUGCUCUUCUUCGCUUACGCGCAGUUCGGCUACCUCAUGUUUGGAACACAGGUGAUGGAUUCCGGAAUUUCCAUUAAGAACAUGCUCCUCCCCAUCAUCAACGACUCGUAUGUAGAAGUGAAAGCGGAGCUCGCACGUCAGCAAGAAGUGCAAAGAAUUUUUGACUGGCUAAGAAGGGUUGUCAUUGAGAAACCUUCAUUUAAUUAUUUCUAG